AUGUCAAGCCCAACCAUCCUCUUGUUUGGGCCCAAUUUGCUGUCCUUCGAUCUCGAACAAUAUACGCACCUACGAUCAACAAUACAGAGCAAUUCACGGUACGGCCAUAUUAUCGUCAAGACCAUAGCUGAGCUACCAGAAUGGUGGCAAAGCAUCGCUAGGGUCUUCCCUCACCUGCAGGCUUUGCCAGGCGCUGAGUUGCUUCGUGUAUGGCAUGAAGAUCUCAGCACCAGCAAGCCACCGCAGUUGACCUUCCCCAUCCCCACUACCAUUCUGACACCGAUGGUGGUUGUGACUCAGUUGGUGCAGUAUCUUGAGUAUCGGGAUACUACUGAACAGCAAGCCUCGCCCCCAGCUGCAAGGAAAGAAGAAACAUUGGGGUUUUGCACCGGCCUCUUAACUGCGUUUGCGGUGGCCAGCUCGGCAACUCCAGAACAAUUUGAGAAAUACGCAGCGGUGGCCAUCCGACUGGCAAUGCUCAUUGGUGCCAUAGUGGGUGCCCUGGAGGCUCCAGGUAGCCUAGGGGAGUCUGUCUCCUAUUCCAUCAUAUGGAAUAGCCCACAAUUAUUCCAGAAAAUUGAAGAAAUAUUGCUGGAGUAUCCUCAGACUGCUCAUAUUUCUGUCCUAUCCGAUGAGAAAAGAGCUACUCUCACUGUAUCUGAAAACUGUGCUGUGGCUUUGGUGCAGAAGCUGAAGGGUAUCGAGGUCCGCGUAACCGAUCUCGCGCUGCGCGGGCGGUUCCAUAGUCGUCAUCACCAUGACAAUUAUAUCGAUGCUGCGCGUCAGUUCUGCGAUUCCAACACUGCCUUUCAAUUUCCGGACGCCUCACAGCUCGUGUUACCAACCCAGUCGAAUACCGAUCCGGGAUACAUCACCCAGGGAAAGUUACAUCACAUCGCCCUCGAGUCGAUCCUGCUGCAUCAAUGUCGUUGGUAUCAGGCCGUGUCGAGCCUGACUUCACGGUUGGUUGGUUCUAAUUUUGAAAUAAUAUCCUUAAGUUCGGAACGCUGUCUGCCACCGUCCUUGCUCUCGAAAUUGGGAUCGCGAGUGAUCCACGCCGCUGAUCUCCAGUUGCCGAACCGUCCUCGCCAGCAUCCAGAGAUUCGAGAAGUUUCUGAUUCGGAUAUUGCGGUGAUCGGAAUGGCAUGUAAGCUUCCAGGAGCAGAUGAUUUGGAGGAAUUCUGGAAUCUGCUAUGUGAAGGAGACUCACAACAUGAGCAAGUCCCUGAGGAGCGCAUGAAAUUCGAAAGCAGUUGGCGGGAGGCAGAUUCCAAGAGAAAAUGGUACGGGAACUUCAUUCGCGACCACGAUGCCUUCGAUCAUAAAUUCUUCAAGAAGAGUCCCCGGGAAGCCGCAGCUAUGGAUCCCCAGCAGAGAUUGAUGCUGCAGACGGCAUAUCAGGCAGUGGCUCAAGCAGGAUACUUUUCUGGUCGCCCUCAGCCCGAAGUGGGAUGCUACAUCGGUGUGAGCAAUGUCGAUUAUGAGAAUAAUGUAGCGUGCUAUGCCGCAAAUGCCUACUCCGCCACCGGGGCCCUGAAAAGCUUCGUGGCCGGAAAGGUCAGCCAUUACUUUGGGUGGACAGGCCCCUCCCUUACGAUCGACACUGCCUGUUCUGCAGCUGCGGUGGCCCUACACCAUGCAUGUCAAGCCAUCUUGGUGGGAGACUGUACCGAAGCGCUAGCAGGAGGUGUCAAUAUUCUUGGGGGCCCCAUUUGGUACCAGAACCUUGCUGGAGCAUCAUUCCUCAGCCCAACGGGACCCUGUAAGCCUUUUGAUGCAAGGGCAGAUGGAUACUGUCGAGGAGAAGGCUGCGGAGCGGUCUAUCUCAAGAAAGCACGGGCUGCUAUCGCUGAUGGAGACCAAAUCUUUGGUAUCAUUGCCGGUACGGCAGUACAACAGAACGAAAACUGCACGCCCAUCACCGUCCCCAAUGAUAAGUCACUCUCGGACCUCUUUGUCAAUGUGCUCCGCAAGGCGGAUAUUGCACCCUCACAGGUCUCGGUAGUGGAAGCUCACGGAACGGGUACUGCGGUUGGAGAUCCCGCCGAAUAUGAAAGCCUUCGUCGCGUUCUAGGAGGCUCUGUUCGCUCAGGCAUGGGCCCCUUGUCGUUGAGAUCAGUCAAGAGUCUGGUUGGGCACCUCGAAUGUGCGUCUGGAAUUGUAGCCCUCUUGAAGGUCUUGUUGAUGUUGCAAAAGACCUCGAUCCCUCCCCAGGUCGGCUUUGAGACCAUGAAUCCGGCGAUCAAAGCCACUCCAGCCGACAAGAUGGAGAUUUCUACCAAGAUGAAGCCCUGGCAAGCAGAUUUCCGAGCUGCUCUAAUCAAUAACUAUGGUGCUUCUGGCUCAAACGCUUCUGUGGUGGUGAUGGAGGCGCCGCAGUCCCAAUUACCAGCGUCAAAAAGCCAUUCCCUUCCAAUGAGUGCUCUCAAAUAUCAUCCUUUCUGGUUCUCUGCUUUGGAUCAAGCCAGCCUCCAAGCAUAUUGUACCGCUUUCUUGUCCUAUCUCCGCUCAAUUCCCCGCUCCAUGCCCUUAUCCGACCUAUCUUUCAACCUGUCCACUCAAUCUAAUCGGUCCCUGGCUCAGAACCUUAUCUUCAGCUGCGGUGCUAUGGAAGAGCUAGAAGAGACAUUGAGACGUUUUCAAAGCGGCCAUAGCUUUUCCACAGCUCGGAGAUCAGAAAGACCUGUCAUUCUUUGCUUCGGCGGACAGGUGUCCACUUCCAUCGGGCUUAACCUGGGCCUGUUUGAGAAUGUGACCGUUUUACGGGUUCAUUUGGAUGAAUGUAAUUCCGUCUGCCAGUCCUUAGGCCUUGACGGGAUAUACCCUGAGAUCUUCCAGAAAACCCCCAUUCAGGAUACGGUCAAGCUCCAAUUGGCCCUCUUUGCCAUUCAGUAUUCCUGCGCCAAGGCAUGGAUUGCCUGCAACGUGGAGGUUGCCGCAGUGGUCGGUCACAGCUUCGGCGAGCUUACCUCGCUUUGCAUUGCAGGUGUGCUAUCGCUGCACGACGCGGUACGGCUCAUCGCUGGCAGGGCUCAGCUGGUCCGGGAUUCAUGGGGCGAGGAUAAAGGAGCCAUGAUUGCCGUGGAGGCCGACCGAUCACAGAUUGACAGCCUGAUAGACCAGUGCAACCAGGACCAAGAACUUGGCCUUGCCUCCAUUGCCUGCGUGAACGGGCCAAGAAGUUUCACUCUGGCUGGACCAGUCAAGGUCAUGGAUAGGGUACAGGCCCUGCAGGGUAAACCUCAAUUCGCAUCCCUCCGUAUGAAAAGACUGAACGUCAGCAAUGCCUUUCAUUCCACCCUCGUGGAGCCUCUCAUGGCGGAUUUGGAGCGAGUCGGCGAGGGCCUUGUUUUCCAUCCGCCGACAAUCGCCGUGGAGAACGCCACGGAAUCCAAGUCCGCAAUGCCAUCGAGUGCGGUCUACGUGGCAGAGCAUAUGAGAUACCCUGUCUACUUCAACAAUGCUGUCCAACGACUUGCGAAGCAGUAUCCAUCGGCAAUUUGGCUGGAGGCGGGAUCCAACUCCACCAUCACCGUCAUGGCCGCCCGUGCCCUGGGGAAUCCCUCGUCGUCUCACUUCCAGGCAGUGAAUCUGGUCAGUGAAACUUCAUCAUUUGUGGACAUGUUCACCGCCCUGUGGUCUCAAGGGCUUGAUGUUACCUUCUGGCCGCAUAAUCGCAAGCAGAGUACGGCUUACAGUCCGUUAUUACUGCCCCCUUAUCAGUUCGAGAAGUCCCAUCACCUGCUAGAGAUGAAAGCUCCGCCCAAGCUAGCGGCAGUUGCUCCCCCGGAAACAGCACCCGAUGAGCAUCGUCUCUGGAGCUUCCUCGGGUAUCAGGAUUCCCAGCAGGGGAAAGCCCGGUUCUUGAUUCACACCAACACCAAACGAUUCAAGGGAUAUAUCGAGGGUCACACAGUAGCACAUUCGGCCCCGUUGUGUCCUAGCACACUGCAACUGGAGUUGGCGAUUGAGACGAUUCGGAGCUUGCAUCCCGAGUUCGCAGGACAGAACCUGCAACCCCAGCUCCAGGGACUCGAUAAUCAUAACCCGAUCUGCCUGGAUCCGACACGAACAGUCUGGCUGGAUGCAGAGGCGCAAGGCCCCGAUCAUCAUCUGUGGAAGUGGGAGAUUAUCAGCAAACCGACAAGCAGCAGCAGCAACGCUGCCACUAGUCUGCACGUGUCAGGCAGCAUCUUGUUUCGCUCAACAGAAGAUGCGCAGUUCCAGAUGGACUUUACGCGCUUCGAACGCCUUGUGGAUCAUCAGCAGUGCGUCAGCCUUCUUGGUAGUGAUGAUGCCGACGAUAUUAUCCAGGGUCGCCAGAUCUACAAGUCUUUUGCAGAGGUCGUCGACUAUAGCGCCAUGUACCAAGGAGUCCGCAAGGUCGUCGGCAAGGGCAACCGGUCGGCCGGCCGCGUGGUGAUGCAAUAUACGGGGGACACCUGGCUGGAUUGUCCCCUGUGCGACUCAUUCUGUCAAGUUGCCGGACUUUUCGUCAACUGUAUGAGCGAUAUCUCCACCCAAGAAGCUUUUAUCUCCAACCGGGUCGAGCAGUUGAUCCGUACUCCUCGGCACCCCAUCAUGGCAUCGCCCCCGGACUCGUAUGAUGUGCUUGCAAUCCAUAGCCGGCCGUCGGACAAGAUCUUCCUGAGCGAUGUCUUCGUCUUUGAUCCUCGCAAUGGUGAGCUUCUGGGAGUCAUCUUGGGUAUCCAAUACCAAAAGGUCAACAAGGUCGCCCUCGGAAAAAUGAUGAACAGGCUCACCCCUGGUAAGGCAAGUAUGGAGGCCACUACUGUUGUUCCAGUAGCAAAACCACCACAUGCUGCUGCGACUUUGGUCUCCGCGGUAUCGGCCGCCGCUCCAGGAAAGAAUUCAUCUCCAUCUGACGAUGUCUAUGGGAGAGUAGUGGAGCUUCUGGCGAACGUUUCUGGCGCCAAUCCUGCUGAGAUCCAUGAGCACACAUGCUUGGCAGAUAUCGGCAUUGAUUCCCUUAUGGCAAUGGAACUGGCGCGAGAUAUUGAAGGAGCUUUCAAUUGCACCCUUGAUCCUGUUCAACUGAUGGAGCUGACGGAUUGCGCGAGCUUGGUAAGAUGUCUCCACACUUCGCUGGGAAUCGUGGAAGACGGAAGCUCGACGACCGAGGACAAGAACGAUAGCCAGAAUGAAAUGAUCGAGACCCCAGCCACAUCAUCUGAGGAAGAAGAGGAUGAACCUCCAGUUGCGGUCAAAGAAAAGGAUGCUAUCAAUGUCUCGAGGUAUGCCGAUCCCGAGAACCCCCAAAGGGCCGUUGACGAAUAUGUCUGUACAUUCACACAGGAAUUCCUAGCGCCUGUUCAUCUCCCGAUAUCAAAAACACCGGUCGUAGCGCAACAGUCCUCCGUUGUCUUAGUGACCGGUGCCACCGGUAGCCUGGGCUCACACUUGGUGGCACACUUGGCUUCCCAGCCAGGGAUCCAGACCGUUAUUUGUCUGAAUCGCUGCAACGGUAAUGAUCCAGAAAUGCGUCAAAGUCAGGCGCUCGAGUCGCGCAGUAUCUCUCUGAGUGCAAAUGACUAUGCAAAACUCAAGGUGUUUGAAUCAGAUACCAGCAAGCCGCUGCUGGGACUUCCUGACGACCUGUAUCAGCAAUUAGCGCACACAGUAACUCACAUUGUCCACAACGCAUGGCCGAUGACCAUCAACCGACCAGUGCGAGGUUUUGAGCUCCAGUUCCAGACAAUGCGAAAUUUGAUCGACUUCGCGAGGACUGCCGCAGGCACCAGACCCCAGGGCUUCAAGUUUGCAUUUCAGUUUAUCUCCUCUAUUGCAACGGUCGGACUCUAUCCACUGUGGAGUGGCAAGACCUUAGUUCCUGAGGAACGAAUGACGGUUGACUCGACAUUGCCAUCUGGGUACGGUCUGGCCAAGCUCAUUUGUGAGGGCAUGUUAGAGGCGACUCUGCAACAAUACCCGGAUACCUUCAAUGCCGCUGUUGUUCGUAUUGGCCAGGUCUCAGGGUCAACUCUGUCUGGAUACUGGAAUCCUGUCGAACAUCUGUCCUUCUUAUUCAAGUCGGCCCAGACACUGAAUGCUUUCCCGGAUUUCCAAGGAGAAUUGUCAUGGUGCCCCGUGAAUGACGUCGCCGCAAUUCUCGGAGAUAUCCUGCUGCAAUCAGGCUCUGCGUAUCCCAUCUACCAUGUUGAGAACCCCACUCGACAGUCUUGGACGGACAUAUCAUCCAUACUCGCACAGGAGCUGGGCAUCGCGUCUGACAACAUCGUCCCAUUCGAUCAGUGGCUGGCUCGCAUGCAACAGUACUCGGACCUCACUGAGAACCCCGCUCUUCGAAUUGAAGCGUUCCUAGACGAUCAUUUCAUUCGGAUGGCUUGUGGUGGACUGAUCCUUGAUACCAAGAGGACGCGGGAGCAUUCCGCCCACCUGCGCAAGCUGGGUGCCAUCAGCCCGGACAGUGUGAGGAAAUAUAUCCAGCAAUGGCGCCAAAUAAGAUUCCUCAAGUAA